CUGGCUCCGGCUGCUGUGUGCUGCAGUCGGUCUGUCCUGUCUGCCUCUGAGCCUACCGCUGGGAGUUGGUGGUGGUGGAGGGGGGAAGGAGAAACCGUCGAGGGACAGCUAGCCAGUCAGCCCGGGGGGGAGUGAGUGAGUGUGUAUGUGAGUGUGUGAGAGAGAGAGAGCGAAUCCCAAACUGGGAACCACUGCGAAAAACUCCACACACGCUCGGACCAGUGUGUGACUUUAGGGACGAUUUGUUAGCGCUACUUUGCCGGGAGCCGAGGAAAGCUGCUCUGAAACUUACGUGACAGUUUUUUCCAUCUUCUUCUCCUUGUUGUGCAGCUGGAGCAGCGGCAGUAACGACGGUGCUGUUGCUCCCGGAGUUGAGUGGAUUCAUUGGUUGGAGCAGGAUUGCGCAUUGGCCCUGUUGUGGUGUGUGUAUCUACCGCUUCUCCACGGGGACGAGGAACAAUGCCGGAAUAACCGUUUCCCUCCGAGUUUGCUCCUUUCUAAGAGUCAUUUUUGUGCGUGUGUGUGUGUGUGUCCCUGUUCAUUUUCCCCCCUCUUGCGCGGGGAUGCGUUGGCUGCUGUAGGAUUUGUUGCUUGUUGACAAACAGUUUCCACAAGAAGUUUACAACAAGCUUGGGACACAAGAAGACAUAAAAUGUCCACGCCGAGGUUUAAAAAGGAUAAAGAGAUAAUCGCGGACUACGAGAGCCAAGUGAAAGAGAUCCGGGCCCAAUUAGUGGAGCAGCAGAAAUGUCUGGACCAGCAGACGGAGAUGAGGGUCCAGCUGCUGCAGGACCUCCAGGACUUCUUCAGGAAAAAGGCAGAGAUCGAGAUGGAAUACUCCAGAAACCUGGAGAAACUGGCCGAACGCUUCAUGGCAAAGACUCGCAGCACAAAGGAUCACCAGCAGUACAAGAAAGACCAGAAUCUGCUGUCACCUGUCAACUGCUGGUACCUGCUGCUGAACCAGGUGAGGAGGGAGAGCAAGGACCACGCCACACUGAGUGACAUCUACCUCAACAAUGUCAUCAUGAGGUUCAUGCAGAUCAGCGAGGACUCCACACGGCUACUCAAGAAGAGCAAGGAAAUAGCCUUUCAACUCCAGGAAGACUUAAUGAAGGUCCUAAAUGAGCUAUACACUGUGAUGAAGACGUAUCACAUGUACCACUCAGAGAGCAUCAGUGCCGAAAGCAAGCUGAAAGAGGCAGAGAAGCAAGAGGAGAAGCAGAUCGGGAGGGGCGAUCCUGUCUUCAGCAUCCGAAUGGAGGACAGGCACCCAAGGCGCAGCUCUGUGAAGAAGAUUGAAAAGAUGAAAGAAAAGCGUCAAGCCAAGUACUCUGAGAACAAGAUGAAGUCAAUCAAAGCACGAAAUGAGUACCUUCUGACACUGGAAGCCUCAAACGCCUCAGUUUUCAAAUACUACAUCCAUGACUUGUCGGACUUAAUUGAUUGUUGUGAUUUGGGGUACCACGCCAGCCUCAAUCGAGCCCUGCGUACCUACCUGUCGGCUGAAUACAACCUCGAGACGUCGCGCCAUGAAGGUCUUGACAUCAUUGAAAAUGCUGUGGACAGUCUGGACCCGCGCAGUGACCGGCAACGCUUCAUGGAGAUGUACCCGACAGCCUUCUGUCCACCAACAAAGUUUGAGUUUCAGUCUCACAUGGGCGAUGAGGUGUGUCAGAUCUCAGUGCAGCCCCCAGCGAAUGGAGAGCUCAUCCUGAGGUUCCAGCAGCUGCAGUCUCGCCUUGCCACGCUGAAGAUUGAAAAUGAAGAGAUAAAAAAGACGUCAGAGGCUACCCUGACCACCAUCCAGGAUAUGGUAACCAUCGAAGACUAUGACGUGUCCGAGUGUUUCCACCACAGCCGCUCCACUGAAUCGGUCAAGUCCACUGUGUCCGAGACGUACCUUAGCAAACCUAGCAUUGCCAAGCGGAGGGCCAACCAGCAGGAGACUGAGCAAUUCUACUUCAUGAAAUUCCGUGAGUUCCUGGAGGGCAGUAAUCUCAUCUCCAAGCUGCAGGCCAAACAUGACUUGCUGAAGAGGACAAUUGGUGAAGGCCACAGAGCAGACUACAUGACCACAAGACAUCCCAAUGGUCUGUUCAAAACCCACACUGGCACCCGGCGGGCUAGACCCCGCUCCGUUUUUAAUGUUAGGUUAUUUAAUGGCAAUUUGGAGUCAUUUAUCAAGGACUCCGGACAAGCUAUCCCUCGUGUGGUGGAAAGCUGUAUCCGCUACAUCAACUUGUAUGGCCUCCAACAUCAAGGAAUAUUCCGCGUAUCCGGAUCCCAGCUGGAAGUCAACGACAUCAAGAACUCAUUUGAAAGAGGAAACGACCCGCUGACAGACGACGAGAACAAUCACGACAUCAACUCAGUGGCUGGCGUUCUCAAGCUUUACUUCCGGGGUCUGGAGAACCCUCUUUUCCCCAAAGAGAGGUUCAGCGACCUGCUCUCCUGCAUCAGAGUAGAGAACCUGUACGAGAGAGCAUUGUACAUCCGUAAGAUCCUCCUCACCAUUCCCAGAUCAGUCCUCAUCGUCAUGCGCUACCUUUUCGCCUUCCUCAACCAUUUGUCUCAGUACAGUGAUGAGAACAUGAUGGACCCGUACAACUUGGCCAUAUGCUUUGGCCCAACGCUCAUGCCUACACCAGACAGCCAAGACCAGGUCUCCUGCCAGGCCCACGUCAAUGAGAUCAUCAAGACCAUCAUCAUCCACCAUGAGACAAUCUUUCCCGAUGCCAAAGAACUGGAUGGACCCAUUUAUGAGAAGUGCAUGGCAGGAGGAGAUUACUGUGAGAGUCCCUACAGUGAGCAUGGAGCCCUGGAGGAGGUAGACAAUGAAGGAGGGACGGAGACACACACCAGCGAGGACGGCUUCUUUGUACAGCUGUUGAAGGGCGAGCCCAUCGAAGCCAUCGCCAAGUUUGACUAUGUGGGACGCUCUUCACGGGAGUUGUCCUUCAAGAAGGGAGCCUCUCUGCUGCUGUAUCAGCGGGCGUCUGAAGACUGGUGGGAGGGACGGCACAACGGCAUCGACGGCCUGGUGCCACACCAGUACAUUGUGGUCCAAGACAUAGAUGACAACUUCUCUGACACUCUGAGUCAGAAGGCUGACAGCGAGGCCGGCAGUGGCCACGCUGCAGAGGAUAAAUGCCUGGGGAAGGAUGUCAGCUCACCCACUGACACCAGGAUCUCUGAGGCCUACAUCACCAGGCACAAGAAAAGAUCAGACCCACCAUCUCGACGGCCCCCUGCCCGCCCCACUGACGUCCAUUGCAUGGUGCAUGCUUCUCAGCAGGGUCACGGUGGACAUGGCGGCACCCCAGAGAUGGGCUCCCCAGUUCUGGGCCACUUCAGCCCACGGGACAUGCUGCGGAGUCGCAGCCACAUGCCCAUGGACAGUCCAGAGCGACGGCACCGCACCGGGCACGGCAGUCUGACUAACAUCAGCCGCCACGAGUCGCUGAAAAAGAUGGAGAGCCCCCCGAUGCGCCGCUCCACCUCCUCUGGCCAGUACACAGGCUUUACCGAUGCCCAUCACCACCACCUCCACCACCUCCACCAUGGUGGCAAGCCACUGGACCCGGAGAGCAUCGCACAGGACAUAGAGGAAACCAUGAACACUGCUCUGAAUGAGCUACGCGAGCUGGAGCGGCAGAGCUCGGCCAAGCACGCCCCCGACGUGGUGCUGGACACCCUGGAGCAGCGGCAGAACUCGGGCAGCAGCGGUGGAGGCCCCACGCCGGCCAGCUCCAGCGAGUCCCUCAGCCCCAUCCACGGUGUCAUGCUGAGGUCCACCGCCAACACUGAGCCGCCCAUCCGCCGCAGCACCAGCUCCUCCAGUGACACUAUGAGCACCUUCAAGCCCCUGGUAACGCCCCGCAUGGGGGUGCAACUCAAACCCCCUGCCUUAAGGCCCAAGCCCAUGGUUCUGCCCAAGUCCAGUCAGGCUGCGCAGCCUCCAGCUUCAUCUUCUCAGGAUCCUCUGGACAAGUCCUGCACCAUGUAACCUCUGCAACAUGAACCAGAGAUGUAAAACAAAGACAUAUGCUGUGUCUAGGUGUCAUUAGUGUACUGUGAACAAACUAAGAGCAUGAAACGUGCAUGGACAUAUGCAGGAAAAAAAGAUGUUUCUCUGGGGGCAAAUGAAACUGAAAAUGACAGGCCAAUCGUUGUCAGUAACAUAUUAAUGUGUUAAUAUGUUGAGGUAAAUAUGGUCAAACAUCUUGUUUUUCUUUUUUAAAGGAAUCCAAACGGCAAAUCACAAAGGCUUCCAUGGAGGGUUUUUCUUUUUGUUUUUCUAGAAAUGUAUACUAGUUAGUGUCAUGAACUGUGUAUAUCUGAACAAACCUGGUGCAUGUAGCUCCUCUUGUUGAACACUGAACCUGAAAGAGAGCUUGAUGAAAAGGACCAGGGUGGGGAUGUUGUGACGCGCUGCAAAGGCCUUACUGACUUUGACAUGAAACGGAAUUCAAAUGAACAAUAAUUAUGCUAAAGGUGCUGUAACUUCCUGGACAGAAACGGUUUGAAGGUUGGAGCGCUAACGGUACUCGUCUUUUUUUUCUCUUUUUUCAUAUAUAUAUGAAUAUAUAUAUAUAUAUAUAUAUAUAUAUACAUGAAUGAAUGAGUAGUACUGACUCACUUUCAGACAAUGUACAAACAUCACCUCUGUGCUGGAUUAGCUCUGCCACAGGUGUUGAACGUAUGUACAGUAUUGCCUGGAAUGAGAUAUGAUGAUUGGAUGAAACCACUACUUCAUUAUUAACUAAGAAGAUUCUGUAAAUUCCGCAUUAAUAACUGAUGAAGGAAUAUAGUUUGCCUAAUAAAUUAAGCCUUUUUUUUUUUACUCUCUGUAUAUCGUACGGAGAGCAGUGUAAAAAGUUUGGAUGACAAAUCAUCUCCCACCGACAGUAUCCACAACACUAUAUGCUGUGAAACACAUGCCAGAGCUUCUUUUAUGCCUUGCUUUACUUUUCUCUACCCAAAGACAUGGAUGUGUGAGUGUAACGCAUGGACUCUUCAUAGUGACUGUGUAUUAGACUUAAGGCAGUGUCCUGUGGGAGCGCUGCCAGUAGCCAUGGACCUAAUGACUGUUAGUAUGAAAGCCGCCUAAUAUGCUGACCCUGACACCCCCAUCUCCCCCCAUCCUGCUUCGAUACGUCAUGUUUCUGAAAACAGCAGCUUGCUUCAGUCCCUCCGGUCUCAUUUCUGGGUCACGUCGGACUACUUGCAAUGAGUCUCUGAUCUCCGAGGACUUGCUCCUGCAGAAGAUGAUACUCAAAAUGGUGGACCAAUGAGUGACCGCACCCCCCUGUAGUGUAGACCUCACAGUUUUUGGUUGCAUGUCUCGGCAAUAUUUGGCUCGCACAGUAACACUUAGAAAGGGUUUGUUUUGCGGUGAAUUAGCAAUGCUCUCUAACAGCAGGUUUACACGCUCUCUUUGACUUGACAUUUUUGUGUGAAUUAAUCCAAAGUUCAUUGAUAUCUGAAUUUACUAACACUCAUUAUUUUUUUAUAACCUCUGUCGUGUUUCUGGGUAGAAAAUUAGAACAAAUCAUAGUGGAGUAAAUAUCCAGAGAUACAAAUGUCCCACUGACAAUAUGAAGCCGUUGUAAAAUAACGUAUGUGCUCUUGUCACCAUCGUCAACCGUAGGUCUCCGUUGUGCCGUCUGUAGGCGUUAAGCUACUCCGUGGUGUGCUGUACAUCUGUAGUAUGUACUUGUGAAAAGUGCCUUUAAAAAAAAACAAGUUUUAGAGGAACUUCAGACAUUCAUUUCCAUGUCGGAUGCCGCGUUUCUCGAUGCAGGAAGAGGUGACGAUGCCGCAGUUAUUUGACAAAAGUAAUAAUAAAAAACCACAGCUCAUCCAUCGUGACAUUGCACUUUUGUGUAUAUAACUGUACAUAUGGCAUGUAACAUCAUAACAUUUAGAGUUUGUUGAGAGCUUACACCUCCAAGAAUUAUUUCUUUCUAUUAAAGAAAAUAGUUUGUUGA